AUGGCGCGGCUAAAAUUACUACCGGAAGUUAAAUAUUCCUACGAGCUGUAUGACUACAAUUUGUUAUUCAUUCGCUGGAUGGCCGAUUUUUGCGGAAUGGACAUGAUGGUUGAAAACUACAAAAUCAACUACCGCACAGUCAGAACUGUCGUUGUCUUGUUAUUUGCUAUUGCGAGCACCGUCUAUUCGGCGAUCAUCUAUUUUCCUAACUUUUAUAAAAUAGUUGAGUUACUGAUGGCAUUCGGCAUAACCGUGCAAUCAGCUGCCAAGUUUUCUAUUGGAUACUUUCAUUGGCCUUUCUACAAAAUGAUGUACAACAAGUUAAGGCUCCUUCACUUCAUCAACCGCGAUCAUGCACGUAACAGCCAAACUUUACUGUUGUUGAUUCAACGAAUUCAUCUGGCCUCGAAGGCAAUAGCAGCAAUUUAUUCGAUGGCUUUUGUUGUUUUUAAUAUGUACCCUUUAUUAUGGUUCUGGAUUAUGCAUGAAAAAGUUCUAAGUCUUGCUUUUAUAAUUCCUGGGCUGAGCACUGAGGCAUCUUAUGGUUACGGAAUAACGUUGAUUGUGCAUGCUUUCUUGAUUUUCUUAGCAGUUACAGGAUUGGUUGCUGCUGAUACCGUCAUACUGUUGUUCGUGACAAGCGUGAGUGGAUAUGCAGAUUUGCUGCGAAAUGAGCUUGAUGAUCUGAACGAAUUGCUGGAUUCAGCUGAUUAUGAUAGGAAAAUCAUAAGCGAAAAAGUUCGAAGAAUCUGUUGUAUGCACCAGGAAGUAAUUCAAUACGAGUCCGACCUAGACGACCGAUACAUUAACACCUGUUUCGUACAAGUGGUAACGUCUGUUACAAGCAUCAGUGCGGCACUAUUUCUGAUUUACACCAAAAACCAUAUUCCUUCAUAUGGUUUGCUUCCUGCAAGCCUAUUUCAGCUGCUAGAGUUUUGCCUCCUAGGAACAGUGCUUACUGUUAAGAAUCAAGAGAUCAUGGAAAGUAUAUACGACGCCCAUUGGUACAAAUUGCCGAAAGAAGAACAACGUUGUUUCGAGUUGAUGCUGCAUAAAAGCCAAAACACCAUUGAGAUGACCAUCGGUGGACUGGCGCCGCUUAAUAUCGAAACAUUUGUCGGGAUAAUCAAUCGCAUUUACUCAUAUUUCAUGAUGCUCAUCAAUUUUAUUGAGGAUUGAGCAGUUUAGUUUGAUUAAGA